UGCAAUGUUGUCUGAAACCCGGAAGUUACGUAAUCGUUGCUGACAAGAGAAGAUGGAGGAUGGAACUAGCUUGAAGACGGGGUUUCUUCUCCGAUAUGAACCCAGUAAAAGGUGGAAGUUAAGGUGGUUUGCCCUUCUGGAGGAGCAGUUGGUGUGCACACACAAGUUACAUCAUUCAAUGGUGGUGGACAUCAUUCCCCUUGAGGGAGCCUCAGUUGUUUGUCCAAUAACCGAUCCCCAGCUGAAUACACCAAAUAAUACACACUCAUUCUGUGGAACAUUUAAAAUUACUACUCCAGGAGGAGAUGAGUUAUUUUUUCAAGCAGCUGGGAAACAUGACAGGGAUAUGUGGGCUCAUGCUGUUGGGGCAGUGAUUCGGGCACUCAGUGGGUCUAAACAGGACUCCCAGCAGCCUAUCCCAUUUACCUCAUUCAGAGCUACAGCCAAUGUCACUGAAAUCCUGGGAGCCAUGCAGGAUCCAGAUGCUGGGGUUAACCUGGGGAGUCAUGUCCGUAAUGGAGCUGUCCAUAAAAACUGUUUCACAGGCAGUGCUGUGGUUGACUGGCUAGUGAGGUGGUCAAUCAUCAGAAAGAGGGACGACGGCUCGGCCAUGAUACAGACCCUGCUGAAACUAGGUCACGUUCAGGAAGUGGACAUUAAUGAUGGGGCACUGGGAGCCUCGAAAAAAUUCAGCGAUGGAGACAAACUGUAUCGAUUUUCCUCAUUAAACCUUGGUGCCAAGAGGAACAGUUACUAUGACAGCACAGACAGUGAAACCAGCUCUUCUGAGGAUGAAGAGGACGAAACUCAGGAAAACAAGCUUCGAAAAGGCAAAGUUCUCAAGGCAUCCUUCCUGGCUAAAAAGAAAAGUAUCAGAAAAGAUUGGCGAAUUGUCAGGGUUACACUGAGAGAAAAUCCACCCUCUAUUGAAUAUUCCAGGGUUUUGCAUGAUCACACCAAAAGGGGAAAAAUAAUUGAUGUGGAAGAAGUUAAUACAGAGGAGGCUAAGAAUGAUUGCCUUGCUUGUGGACAGGAUGCUGCAGAAACGGCCAGGCUGAAAAAGAGAAUUGUCCUAAAGGACCGCAAGGGGAAAUGCUACAUCUUCAAAACCAAGGAUGAACAGGAAAAACUAGAGUGGCUUCCCCUUUUACAGAGUCUCAGCAGAAAGGCCUCAGCUGCUCAAUAAUGGAUGCCAAAAACAACCAGGAUUCUGAACAAAAUUAAAGUCUUAUAACCAGAGAAGAUUCACAAAUAACUGUUAAUGCUCAGAAGUUUUAUUGGUGCAUUUAUCUUUUUUUUUUAAUUUUAUAGGUAGAUCAAAGUAUGGUGUCAGU